AUGUGUGUGGGAAACGAGAUCCACUUCAUCACCAUGCCCCUGCAUACCUUUACUGUCCGGCUCCAUUUAGUUGAAACAAAUGAGAUCUUUUCACUGCCUCGAUGCCAAAAUGACUUGACUCUGAAGAAGCUGAAGUCUCAUUUAGAAUUGUUGACUGGGAUCCCCCUUCACUUCCAGCGGCUUCAGUAUCUGGAUGAAGCAGAUCUGCCAGAUGAGGCUACAUUUAAGGACAUUGAUAUUGUCCCUGGUGGAAUGAUUACAAUGCGCAUCUGGCGACACGAUGGCUGGGGGCAUCUCGUGGCAGCUGCUGCAAAAGGAGAAACUGUGAAGCUAGCCCAUCUGGGAGCUACAGCAGAGGGCGCUGGGGGCAGCACGCCGCAUGCGGAGUUACUGGGACCGGAGCAGAAAAAGGAGUGGGCGGCACACCGAGCUUCUGUGGCACUGUUCAUUGCCAGCCACAGAGGUCACGCUGAAGCUGCCGGGUUUCUCCUGACACAUGGUGCGGAUGUGCAUUCCAGAACCCCGCUGGGAAGGACCGCCCUUCACGCCGCUGCUGUCAUGGGCCGCUGUGACUGCGUGGAACUGCUCCUCAGCUACGGGGCACAGGCUCUUGUCCCAGACAGCGAGGGACAGACUGCGGUGAGCCUUGCCCGCCUGUGGGGCCAGAAGGAGAGUGAAGACAUCAUGGUUAACCCCCGGUGGAAGAAGAGUUCCCCCGGCCCUGUGCCGCCCUCCGGCGCCGUGAAUGGGGCAUUGAAGCAGGCGUCUGGUCCCACCUCCUAA